CUCCGAGCGCACAAACGCUAUGGGAUAAAUGUUUAGUUUUCUAAAGUUUCUUUCGGCAUUUGGAAUCCUCUUGGUUGUGCCAUGCGCUCUUGCUCUGUCUCUUCGCUUGUUCUGUAAGUUAGACAACCGAUGGAGUAACGAUGGAGGGGGCUGUGAACAGAGCUCCUCGAGGGUUAUGAACCCUAUCACAUCACCAUUUGGUUUGCUGCUCGUGUAGUUUGGAGCAUGUUACGUCUAUCGAUGCAAGUUUUAGUCGACGAGUAGUGCGUGUAAAUUGGCGAAUGCAAGUUCUGACUUCAUGCAUGGUUCAGUCGUACUAGUUCUAAAGGAAUGCGGUAAUCGAGACGUGUAGUAAUAGCAAUUGGCAAGUGAAGCUCCCCUUUCGAUAUGGCGGAAUCACAUUUGUUUCAGGAAUUUAGCACAGCCCGUGCGAUCCCGGUGCGCACGGCGAUUCUGUUGAAGGACUCUGGUGAUCCUACAACGUUCUCCCUGCGACGAUGUGCAGGGAAGGAGGUCAUUCUCGAGCUGUCUGGAAUAAUAUUUUGUCUGCAUUCCUUCCCGAGGGAUAUCCUAACAGUGUGACACCAGACUACCUUCCAUUUCAAACAUGGGACACCUUGCAGGGCUUGUCUACGUACAUCCGCAGCAUGCUUUCCACGCAAGCACUCUUGGGCGGUAUUGGAGUAGGUGAAACAACUGCCACGGUAGUGGGUGCCACUUUCCUGUGGUUUAUGCGGGAUUUCACUGGCAUGUUGGGGAGUAUUCUGUUCACACUUCAUCAAGGAUCGAACUUGGACAGUAGUGCCAAGCAAUGGCGCCUAACAGCAGAUUUGCUGAAUGAUGUCGGGAUGUUGAUGGACCUUGUUUCUCCACUCUUUCCUGGUGCCUUCGUGACGAUAUUGUGCAUUGGUAGUAUGGCCAGAUCUGUUACGGGCGUUGCAAGUGGAGCAACACGGGCUGCCUUGACACAGCACUUCGCCCUUCGGAAGAAUGCCGCAGAUGUUUCUGCCAAGGAGGGUAGCCAGGAAACUGCUGCAACCAUGGUUGGAAUGCUACUAGGCAUGGUCUUAGCACGAUUGACAGCAGAAAAUGUGGUUGCCCUUUGGGUUUCCUUUCUCCUCCUGACGGCUUUCCAUAUGUAUGCAAAUUACAGGGCAGUUCGGUCCCUUUGUCUGACCAGCUUAAACGCUGAAAGAACUUCUAUUGUUUUGAGCGCUUUCAAGGAAGGCAGAAAAGUUCCAACUCCUAGAGAAGUUGCAGACCAAGAACAUCUGCUUCCACGAAUUCCUAGGCUUCCGUGGCAGAAACAACGUGCUGGAGAUGCUUGGUUGCCAAAAUCCAUACGUUUUGGUGUUCAAAUCUCCUCUCUGAAGUUGGAUGAUGGCUGGAAAAGUUUUCUAUCAUUGGUGGAGCGGUAUUCAAGAGAUCCAUACCUGAUGGUUCCAAAAGGUGCAAUUGUCCACGUUGUUCUGCACAAACUGGCAACUCCACAGGAUUUCCUGCACGGCUAUGUGCACGCCCUUUGUCUAGCCGAUCUUCAAUUGCGAUCACCAGCCGAUCAAUCGGAGGAACUAGCUAUCUCGUGGAUGAAGAAUAACUACACUGCAUUCCUGGACUCUCUUGGAAAGUCAGGUUGGGCUACAGACCGUAUUCUGGUGGAAACAGGUGAAUGGCGGGCAGAAUGGAUCACCGGGCAGAAGCAGGAGUAACUGUCCACAGAGCUGCACCUAAUGGUAUCCUCGCUAACAGGACAUGGAGUUAGCAGACAUCCUCUUUUCCAUUUAGAAGAAAACGUGCAGGUUUUCUCAUUUCUGACAUUGCAACCACACUCCAGUAAUUUGUGAAGUUUCUGAGGUGGAGCAGUUAUGAAGUUCUAGUUGUACACACAUUGUGUUUCUUAUUUGCAUGUUGUCCAUUCUCUCAAGAAGUACAGAUAAAUCACAGAUGCGUGAGGUGAAUGAGAAUCUAUCAAUUUCAAAGCAUAUUAUAUGUUCAACCCAGCAGGGCAUGAAUCAUGAUCACGAUCAUUAAUGCCAUUCAGUUCAACUUUAGUACUAGCCAUCUCCCCUUGCUCACAUACUGUCAAGCGCAUUCUUAAUCGGUUUGUGCCGAGUUGAGAUUAAUCCUUAACUAUCCUAACUAUGACAUUCAUUCCAA